AUGGAUCGCAUCAAGGAGGUUUUCAAUGGUAACAUGCUCGAAUUCCGGAAAAAGUUGAGCGGAUACAAAGACGCAAUUUUGAAGAAGCUUACUCUGAGCCCAGAGCAAAGAAAGGAGCUUGUGGAAAGGCUGAAGAUGUUCAAAAGGAAAACUAUCGAUCAAGUCUCACCAGCUGGGGACUCCAUUGAAGAGAUCAACUUGAGAAGUCAAAUUGCAGGAGCACUCUUCCAGGGAGAUAUGGUCCUUUCAAAGGAACAACAAGAUCAAAUUGCUGCGGAUGUUAGUGGAACUCGUACCAAACGGCAGACUUACAAUGAUAAAGAUUACCCUGGUAGAAGAUGGACGAAAGGAGUCAACUACUUUUUCGACAAAAGUGCAAGUGAAAAGGUUAAGAGUGUAUUCAAGAAAGCGGCGCGUGAAUGGAUGGAUAAUACCUGCAUCAACUUCACACAAAGCGAUUCCGCUCAGGACAGCAUUCGUGUGUUCAUGGAAGAUGGAUGUUGGUCUUCGUUGGCAGACUUGGCAGGCAUCAACAAAACCUCUCACUUGGCGAAGGCUGUGACUCGGUAUGUGUUUAAUGAAUCUUCCUUCUAG